CAGUUGCUGUCUUUGACUGAGCGGGUCCAACAUGGCAUCCCAGCAGCUCUGGUUGAAGUUAAUGGGGGUGGCUGUGCUGCUGACACUAACAGCUCUUACAGAUGUUUCCAGUGACAGCCGUUUGCUCAAGAUCUUAAAGAAACGAGACGUGGCUGAAACUGGUAACGUCCCAUCGAAGUCUGCUGUUGCCAUUCCUGCACCCAAAGCCCAAGAGUUCCUGGCAAAGCUGAGCAGAACCAAGAGGAACCUUUGGGAUCGCAGCAGGCCCGACGUCCAGCAGUGGAUUAUGCAGUUCAUGCACAUGGGAUAUGAUGAGGCGAGGUUGGAGACUGACCUGCAGUACUGGAUGGACCAUGCACGCGCCAAUGACCAGGGACGGCAGCAUCACUACGAUGAAAACUCCCCCAUUGGCCCCCGUGACUCCUCGUCUUACAGACACGGAGCGAACGUCAACUACGACUAUUAUUAACUCCAAAAUCCCCCCCCACACACACACUCAGUAUGUUGCCAUCACUCGGGAGGAAAUUAAAUUGACUUGUUAAGUAA